UCGAUAUACUACCUCCGUCAAGUUUCCGUCACAUUGGCGAUUCGAAAUGGUCCUGAUUCACAUAAAACGAAACGACGAGAGUCAAUUUCUCAUCGACACCAACCGCGGUACGCCGGUCGAGCAAUUAGUGAAGAACGUUGUGACGAUCUUCAACGGCAGAUUAAAAGUGGAGCGAAUAUGCUGCGAAAUGGAAGAGUUGGCAAAGUACGGCACGUUAUAUCCGCCCGAAAUUCUGGGACUUACGGAGGAGCAGGUGUCCGAGCUGAAGUUGGACGAUCACUGGGGAGAGCAGUGUAUACCGAGCGGUGGUUUUACGUUCGUCAAAGAUCCGAUCGGUAGGAGAAAUGGGAAGCAGCCCAAGAAGGAAAUGCAGGAUGUUCUAACGAAUACUGUCAAGGAGGCUAAGGCGAUGAUUUCUAAGAAGUUGGUGACGGAAGGGAAGUGUUUGACUGCCAAGAUGGUGCAGAAUGCUAUUGAGUUGUUGAAGGGCGCCGUUAUGAUAGUGUACCCCAUGAAGCUACCUCCUCACGAUGUUAUUCGUAUGGAGUUUGAAAACAUCGAGGACUUGGCCGGAACGCAGGCGUCUAAGGAGGUUAUCGAUCCGAUGGCCGCCCAGCUCUGGUUCUGCGGCAGGGAGCUUUACACAGAUGGAAAAACUGUCGGUGACUACGUGGGGAAAAUCGAGAACUGUAAGGUAAUCAUGAAGUUGUCGAUGCGUGGUAGCGGGGCACCAGGUAGAGAGCCAGUUAUGAACGAAAAUGAGAGAAAACAGUGGAUGCUGCAGGCGUAUCGUAGGCAGGAGGAGUUGAAGAAGUUGGACGCAGACGAUGACGACAGUUACCUUAAUUCGGAGUGGGCUGACAGUGGAAACUUGAAGAGGUCGUUCCAUGGUAUUAGUAAUAUAUCGUGGAGGGUUGGGAAGUAGUGUUACUGGGGGGAAGUUAAAAUAAUAAGGUUUUCAGCACUGAAAGUGUAAUUCUGUGACACACGUUAAUUUGUUGUAAACUGAGCCAUGCCAUUUCCAUUUAAAAAUUCUUUCUGAUUUGUAGUCCAAUAAAACUAAUUCGAAGAAUAGCAGUGCUGAAAGUAGCUUUUUGUCAAAUGCCCUAAUGGUAUUAUUUUACAUUCAAAUGAAUGAAUUUGGUUUGUCCCAUUUUACAGGAAGAUUCAGACGUAGCAUCAUAAUAACUGACUUCUUUUCAGUUUUAUACAUACAACUUGAACACUAUGUAUC